AUGAGUGGAGGUCGUUUUGAAUUUGAUGAUGGUGGAGCUUAUUGUGGUGGUUGGGAAGGUGGCAAAGCCCAUGGGCAUGGGAUCUGCACCGGACCUAAAGGACAGGGCGAGUUCUCCGGCUCCUGGAAUUACGGGUUUGAGGUGGUUGGAGUCUACACCUGGCCAAGCGGAAACGCCUAUGAAGGCUUCUGGUCGCAAGGGAAGCGCCAUGGUCUAGGAGUUGAGACUAAAGGACAUUGGGUUUACAAGGGAGAAUGGACUCAUGGCUUCAAGGGGAGAUAUGGCUUGAGGCUGAGUGUUGGUAGUGGGGCGAAGUAUGAAGGAACGUGGAAUAACGGAUUGCAAGAUGGAUAUGGCACAGAGACCUAUGCUGAUGGUGGCACAUUUCAGGGCCAAUUUACUGGCGGCAUGCGACACGGGUACGGAGUACGUCAGAGCGUGCCUUACGGCAUGGCGGCGGUGGUUCGCUCCCCUCUCCGCACUUCCCUCACAUCCCUCCGCAGUGAGCAAAGUAAUGGCACUCUGCUCCAGCAGGACGUCCCCGUCAUCAUUGCCACCAACGCCGCCGGCCAGGAGGCCCGAGUCACCACACCCACCCAGCUGGGACCCUCCCGGGGUGGCUUCGCCCUCACGCUCCAGGUGGACCCAGACGCCGUCAAGCCCAAGAAGAAGGGCCUGUUCCGAAGGGGGUCUCUCCUGGGGAAACUGAAGAAGUCUGACUCCCGUACUUCCUUAUCCAGCGUGAGGAGUAAGCUAAGCUUCCUGGGAGCGAGGAGCGAGUCAGCGUUGAGUUCAGCGGCCAGCGAUGUGGCCAGCGAUGCCAACUCCACCAUCAGUCUGGGAGAUGAGAGCCUAGCCGGGGCAGAGGAUUUCCCCCCUGUGGAGGCCGACAUCGAUGCCACCACCACAGAGGUAUACAUGGGGGAGUGGAAGAACGACAAGCGUUCAGGCUAUGGAAUAAGCGAACGUUCCAGUGGGCUAAAGUAUGAAGGCGAAUGGCUGGACAACCAGCGACACGGCUAUGGAUGCACCACCUUUGCGGAAGGAGGGAAGGAGGAAGGAAAGUAUAUGAACAACAUGCUGGUGAAGGCCAUGAAGAAGAGGGUUAUCCAACUGAAGGGCAGCAAGAUCAGGCAGAAAGUGGAGCGCAGUGUGGAGGGAGCUCAGCGGGCGGCGGCCAUCGCCAAACAGAAAGCAGAGAUCGCUGCCUCCAGGACAACCCAUGCUAAGGCCAAGUCAGAUGCUGCCAAUCAGGCUUCCCAGGCCUCCAACCAGGAGUCCAGCGUCGCCAGGGUGGUGGCCAGGGAACUGUCCCCUUCCUUCUAUCAGCCAGGCCCAGAGUACAUGAAGAAGAGAGCAUUACAGGAGAUCUCAGAGGCCAAUGAGCACACAGACCCUAUAAUGCAUGAGCAACUGUUAGCAGAGCAGCCACUGACACCUGCUGAAAGCCCAAUGCUGCACGACAGGCCUGGCUCCACUCCAGCCUGCACACCCUCCCCCAGCCCGGCCAUCACCCCUCCAGCAUCCAGGCACUCCAAACAGGGCAGCAUCAGCAAAGAGGACUCCCAUCUGCUCGGCCCUGCUGGCUGGAACGGGGACAAAGGUGGUGGAAGUCGGGGGAGCAGCCGUCCCAACAGCAGAACCAACAGCCGACCCACCACCCCCUCGUCCAAUGUGGCCACCACCACUUCCGCCCCUGCCACUGCUCCCCCUGAAGAGUGCCCCACUUCUGCCCCCAUUAGCAGCCGGGGGAACUCCCGCGCCUCCAGUCGCCUGAGCAACAAGAUAGAGCAGGGCUCCGACCUGGAGAUCAAGCCCCUGGAGAAGACGAUCUCUGAUGCUAAAGUGUCCGACGCUACUCUCUUGGUAAGGACCAGUGUCACCUACUCAGAAGAAGAAGUCCCACCCCCUCAUCCCGCCUCCAAAGAGUCUUCCAAAGCUGCCGUCACCCCCGAGCUUAAUGAGGCAGAGCCCAAACAAAGAACAGAGUCGGUCAAUGAACGACCAGUGUCCACUGUAUCUCAGAGCAAACCAGGGUCCAGCGCUCAGUCUGUUAAUAAAGUGUCACCCAAGCCAUCGCCGUCACCAAAGCCAUCGCCAAAACGAGAGGCCAGUCCGGCUUCCAAACCUGCCACACCUGCACCCAAACCAGCACCUAAGGUUGAACCCAAAGCGGAGGCCAAGCUGAUGAAGAACAUGGUAAAGAGCCCAGGUACAAGUGAAGUUACAGAGCUAGAUGAAUUUGAGCAGGGUCCGAACACCAUCAUGAUAACCAUGGUGAUUCUGCUCAACAUUGGCCUGGCCAUUCUCUUCGUACACAUCUUGUCAUGA